AUGUGCAGAAACACCAAGUCAGACCCUCUCAUUCAGAUCAGCGAAGUUUUGUACAUGCAAGAGGAGUCAUUAAGGAAGCACCAGGUUGGACUUACGCUUGCGGCGAGUCGCAUCAGCGCGGCUGAAGCUGAAGACACAAGUCCCGCUGCUCUGGGCACGAGUUACGGUGCCAGGGAGGCCGCUCACGGCACCGUUUCGCGGCUCUCACAGGUGCCACCAUCACGGCGCCGGGGAGGCGACACCGCCGCCCACGUGCCGGAGGGCUGCGGCCGCGGCCUCCUGCGCGACCUGCUCAAGGCGCUGGAGGUGCUGGAGCUGCUCUGCGUCAACCUGCUGCUCUGCCCCUGGAGGAAGGAGAUCCAGUCGCUGAAGACGUUCACUGGUAAUUUUGUCUACUAUAUUCAAUCUGUGCUCCCAGAUGACAUAUUAAAAACAGUGCUGGAGAAAAUAGGCUACGUUGCAACAACAGCAACAGAGUUUUCACUUGUCAGAAAGAGAAACAAUGAGGAAACAAAGCAGACUGCAUUUGAAAUAUUCCUGGCAAGAAUUGAGUGUGAAAUCAUGCUCGAAAUGACAAACGACGAAAAACAAGGCAAUUUGGAGAAGACCCUACAGAAAGGAACACAGAUGAUUUGGCAUCAGGGAGAUGGAGACAAAGAGGAUAAGACACUCCCAAGAAAAGACUCUGAAAAUCUGGAAAACAAAGAAAACAGCGAGACACCUUUGUGCCCUGCUGCUCAGCCUAAGUCUUCAACUAACAGUGAUAAAUCCUUUGAAGCUCUUAGGAACCUUAAGAUCAAAGACAACAGGUUUCACUUAGCAGCUACUCAAUCCACUAACAGGCUUCAGGAACACCAAAGGCAAGUCACCAACACAGUGCACUUUCCGGGCAAAUGCUCAGACAGUGAGGACUUCUUGAUCAAAUAUAGUGACAUUGUCAUAAGACAAACACCUAUUUUCAGUGAGAAUCUCUCUCAAAAAGCUUUUGAGGAAAAGCCAGGAGGCAGUUUAAGUGAAGAAUGUGUUUUGGCAGUCACUGCACAGGCAACUGAAAAUGAGAUCCCACCUGUGCCACUCUUGCCAGGAGCAAGUGGUCUGCCUGCCUUUGCAGCAUUUGCCAACAGCUCUUGUGACAAUAAAAGCAAUUUGGAAUACAAAGCUCAAGAAGUCGCUGAAGAAUCAAUUGAGGCAAAAAUUAGCGAUGCCAUAAACUGCAUAGACCCAGAGCCUGUAGAUGAACCCAAUGAGCUGCAGUCUCUGCCGUACGAAGACAUUGUAUCUGUCACCGACCAGAGGGUCCCCAAGGAUAAGGAAAUUUGUGAGCUGUCUUUAACCUUUACUAAAUUACAAAUCAAGGAAGCUCAAGAAGAGGUAAUGUAUCCAGUAGAAGAAACUGGGCAACCUGAGUCAACAGCAUAUUUAAGUACAAGUGACAGGAGUGUAAGAGACUUUAAUCAUUCUAAACUAAACUGUGCACACCCAAGUAAUGCUCAGACACAGAGUAGUCCAGCUGCACAUAUUGUACUGUCUUCAAAUCUAUGCUGUUCUGUUAGGAACAGGGAGGACCCCACCAAUGGAUCUGAGAAUAAGAGACUGUUAAUGCAUGGUCCUGCCACUCACAGAGCUUGUGGGCACUUCAGACACAUUAGGGAGCCACCUAAUCCCACCUACAUCCCACCACAAAGUAUUCAUGUCCAGUCUCCAAGCACAAGCAGCCCUCAUGCACAGGGCAGAAGAAACCUGUUGCUGCAGCCUGAAGGAGACUCUCCUGCAUUUGCUGAAGUAAAGGGGGAAAGCUAUCAUUCAAAAAUAAAUGAAAUCCAGGAGCCUUAUGUCAUUGUUGACAAAAUUGACUAG